AUGGAGAUGGAAACUACUACCCCUGUGUUCCGUGUUAACAUCCCAUUCUCAACGGUGACUUCCACGGCGAUUCAGAUGGUGUUCGGUGAUACCAUCGCCGUUGCACUCAUGACGGCUAGGAAUCUAACCAAGGAGGAGUAUGCAGCUAAUCAUCCUGCUGGUCGGAUCGGCAAGAGCUUGAUCUUCAAGGUAUGGAUGUUAUGAAAAAAGAAAAAAGAGCUUUUUGUUUGUAAAAAAGGAAACUUGAUCAUGGAUGAGUUAGUGGAGCUAACCAGCAAAGGAUGUGGGUGCUUGCUUGUGGUUGAUCAUGAUCAUCUUGAUGGAGAUCUUCGCCGGACUCUUAAAGCAAGUGGAGAAGCUAUCUUCAAACUCAGUGUUGGAGAAAUGUGCAACAGGAAGCCGAGGAAAAUUGGACCGGAGACAAUGGCGGUUGAAGCUAUGAAGAAAAUGGAGUCAUCUCCAUCGCCUGUACAGUUUUUACCAGUGGUCGAUGAAGGCAACACAUUGAUUAGAAUUAUUACAUUGCAUGGUUUGGUUUCAGCUGGUCUCUGUUCACGAAGCUGCCUCUAUGUCCGAGUUAUACGCAUAAGUUCAUUCUUUUUACAUAAACCAAAGAUCCAGAAUAUUGGUGUAUGGUCGGUGAUGUUCACAGCCACUGAAGAGUAUUGUGUCUAG